GGCAGCGCCUCGGACGGAGCUGUGGUGCAUCUCGGGAGAUGUAGUCGGGGCGGCCUGACAAACCAGUGGCGGCCAGGGAUCGCGCCGCGUCCAAACAGCUUCCCGCCCCUCGCAACAGGUUUUGCGCGGCCCCUUCUUCGUCGCCUCUUCGGGAGUGGGAGGCGGCGAGCUGCCAAAGGCGAGACGAGGCAGGCAGGCGAGCCAAGGAAGCGCCCAGCUGCUGCCCGCAAGAUACCUGUGAAAAAAAAUUAAAACAAGAGAAUCAUUUAAGCUCAACAAUUUGUGCAUAUAUAAACCUUCUAAUGAAGGAUGACUACUCCAUAUGUUCCUGUUCCAAUUCCUAUAGGAAGUUCUACUAGUUUUACCAUAAAUAGAAAUCAAAGAAGAUCAUCUCUUGGGAGUAUUUCAGCAUGUUCAGAUUCUCCAAAGGGACAGUUAGAAGAAUCGUCUCAAAGUAACUUUAAAAAAAUGAGUGUUCCCGAUGAGAUUGGUACUACUUCAUGUCCUUGCAAUAGUCCACUUGUUAGAACUAAAAUGUUAGGUAUUAACACCUCCUUGGAAUAUUAUAUUCAACCAUUGGAAACAACUGAGCAAAAUACCUUGGAGAACUGGGAAGAUCGACCCGCUACUCCUACAAUACUUGGUUAUGAAGUAAUGGAAGAGAGAGCAAAAUUCACUAUUUACAAAAUACUUGUGAAGAAAAAUCCAGAAGAAAACUGGGUAGUUUUCAGAAGGUAUACAGACUUCUCCAGGCUUAAUGACAAGCUGAAAGAUAUGUUUCCUGGUUUUCGAUUGGCAUUGCCCCCAAAGCGUUGGUUCAAGGAUAAUUACAAUCCUGACUUCCUAGAAGAUAGACAGCUAGGACUCCAAGCAUUUCUACAGAAUUUAGUAGCUCACAAAGACAUUGCCAACUGCCUUGCAGUAAGAGAGUUUCUUUGUUUGGAUGACCCUCCGGGGCCCUUUGAUAGCCUUGAAGAGAGCAGGGCUUUUUGUGAAACUUUGGAGGAAGCAAACUACCGGCUCCAAAAGGAACUUAAUGAAAAACAAAAAGAGGUGGAAACUCUGAAAAAGUUGUUAAAUGAAAAAGAAUUGUACAUAAAUGAAAUGGAGAAAAGACUUGGGGACUUAAAUUUAGUGGAAACAAAGUCUUGUAAAUUGUCAGGAGAGGGAAGUGAAUGCAGUGGAGAAGUGGAGUCAUCCGCAACAGAGGCAGAUCAAAGAACGUUGGAAGAAGACAGCCGGUCUGAAAAAGAGGAUUGGAAAACCUCUUGGAGUGGGUCACUGGUAGAAAACUUUGUGCCAGAAAUAGAAGUAGCCGAAGUGGCAUAUACUGCUGAUAUAGAUGAGAUGUAAGCAUCACUUGUUUUGCUUAUUUUAUUUUAUUUUUAAAAAAGAUCUAUCUGGAAGUUGUUGAACAACAGCAGUAGAACUGAAGAUGAUAGGAAUGUUUACAUAAAUCAUUCAGAAUACAUUUUUGACACAAGAAGAAUAAUCAGUGCUGCUGCUUUAAUUCAUUUGUUAUCUAAGAUAUAUUGAUAUGUGGAGAACUAUAUUAAUAUAUAACAACUUUGGUUAAGUUUAUGUUAUGCCUAGAAUCCUAAGUAAUGUGUAUAAUUUAGCAGAGUAGAUAAAGGUUAAAUGUCAAUUAUCAUUUGGCUUGUCACACCUGUUUACUACUACUAUGUGACUAUUUUGUAUGGGCAGCUUUUGGUAUCUGAUUUUGCAGAUUCUUUAUAUAGGAUAUAGUUUUAUGCUCUGGAAAUAUAAUACUGCCAUCAGGCUUCAGAAACAGUAUAUGAUCUCUCAUGUUUUUAAAGUGAUAAAUUUAAAUAUGUAUGUUUUAAUGCAAUAAACUAGAAAAGCUUAAAGUACCAAAAUAAUACUUCAGAAAUAGGAAUAAGAUUGAGAGUUUUUUAUAAUGGGAGAGGGAGAAUAAUAGCCUAGUUAUACUGUAGAUAGUCAUAUACACUUGAAAAUAUUGUAAAAACUGAUUUAACGUUGUACUUGUUUUUUCUUUAAAUCUUACGAUAAUUUUGCUACAAAAUUAAUUAUA